AAAAAAAAACGUCCAGUACAAUAAUAUAUAAACAUCUGAAAUAGAUAAUAUAGAUACAGUUCAGUUUUGAGUGACAAUUUAAAACAAGCUUUACUUCAAUUAAAGAAAACAUAAAAUGGUUUCUAAACUACAGAUUGCGUUAGUUGUCUUCAGUUGCAUCUCUUAUUUUGUGCUAACACCUGUUGAGGGCCGAAACUUUGACUCACACUCACAACAACCAAUAGCAAACAGCCCUACUUCGCCACUACAGGUACAUAAUCCUCAGGGCCAUCAUUACGGGAAUAAUGGGAAUAACGGACACAACGGAAACCACGGUAACAACGGUCAACAUGGACAUAAUGGGCAGAACGGAAAUCAGGGACAAAAUGGGCAUCAUGGACAAAACGGUCACAAUGGACAAAAUGGUCAAAACGGACACAAUUGAGGAAAUUGGCAUCAUGGUCGUCACUAGAUAGAUGCAUAACUACUCUCUAAAUUAAUUUAUUUGAAAACAAUUAACUUUAUUGUACAAUGUUCAAAACAUAUUACAAUUAAAAAUAUUUAGAUCAA